AUUUGUUUCAACAAGACUUCGUUAGGGUUAAGCGAGGCUUCACCUCAAAGUCUUUCGUUGAACAAAAUUUCAUCCUUUUUGAGCUGAUUUCGGUGGUUCUCCUCUGAAUCUCCGAAAAUUCAAUCUGGCUCUGCGCUCUGGUUGAGCAGCUUGUUUAUAUGUGGGAGACUGGGUUUUCUUAAGCCAAAGCAAUUCUUCUUCACUCUGGCCGCUACUGCAAAGUCUCACCCUUCUCGCACCUCUAAGAGGGUGUGGGGUGGUCUUGAGGUGGUGACUUCACUCUGCCUUCCUAGCAAAUCUGUGUCAUCAACAAUUUGGAGACUCCGUCGUGUUUCGGUGGGUCUGUCCCUUGAUUACGGCUAAGGCGGUCACAGCAUAAACCUUUAACCUGGAAGGAAGCUUCUGUUCUUGCAAGCAUUAAACUGGAUUUUUUUGUUUCUAUUUCGUGGAUGUUAUCUAGAGGAAGCACCGUUCAGGUGUAGUUUUUCUUUUCAAUCUUCUUUCCUGUUCAGUUGGCCCCUGUUCUGGGAUGUAGGGGCUGUUGUUAAAUGUGACAAAAUGGUCAGAUUUUCGUGCUUCAAUACACAUGUCCAUCGCAAUCGAUCCAAGAAAACCUUGGUGGAUUCCUCAGAUCGAGUCAAAGAAGAUGGAUUUACUUCUAAAAGCUUGAGCUCUGUCAUACACGGGAGAAGCAAUGGUUCUGUUAAUGAAAAUGGCAAGUCCUUGGGUUCCACAGCUCUUGAACGCAGCUGGAAGUCUGAGGAAAUUAAAGCCAACGUCAAUCUUAAGCAUGAUACUGAAAGACAUCAGGUAAGGCCGCUCAAGAAAAGUCAGUCUCAUGGAGAUGUAUUAUACUUGGAUGGGAGGGAUGCCACAGAGAAUGGCACCGAUGAUGGGAUAGACCAAAUGACAUCUCCAGAUUCUGUUGAACCAAACGGUUUUGUAGCACCUGGCAGUAGCAAGCUUAUAGAAGGAAGUCCUUCGAGUCUGUAUCAGAAAGCUCCUCUAAAUUCAGAUCAAGCCUUCAAUGGAUCGAUUUUCUCUGUUGGAGAUCCUCAUCAUGCUGAUAGAGACAGUCGUCAGUUGGAAGAUUCAUCUUUCUCUGGUGAACGAGCUGAAGAUUCGAAGAGCCAUACUCCUCGUACUUCACCAGUGAUGGUGAGAUCGAGUUCAAUGCCUAAUGUUGCCGACCCUGGGCAUGCAUCAGGAAGAUCUUCUCCUCUCAAAUAUUCCUCUGACCGCGUUAGAUCUUGCGAUGACUUACGUGUCCUAGACAUGCAGCAGAGGGAGAAAUCAGUCCUUGAGACUGAUACAGAGGUGAAGCUAGAGCAAGGUCAGGAUCAUGGUAUGCAUAAAUCCGGAGGUAACAAUGUGGAAAACGUCAUCGAUGAUGGCUAUGAUGCAUAUGGUUAUUCUUCCUCGGCGAAAGAUUGGAUAGUACCAGUUACAGAUGAGCCGAAAUUCAGAGAAAUCCUUCAGGGAGAAUCAUCGAAUCGGCAACUAGAAUUUCCUAGCAAGGAUUUUAAAAUCAAGCGCAUAGAGGAAUGGGUUAAUGACCUCCAACAUGUCAGCUUUCCUGAUGAAGCUGAUGGAUCAGAAUCACCAGAAUAUGAUGAUGCGACACCUAAGGAACCCAUUGUCUUGAGUGGGUCAACUGCUGCUAAGGUAGAUAUCAAGUUAACUCCUGGAAUGGAAGCUGCGAAGAAGUAUAUAUCUUCUUUAAGCGCUUCUUCUACCACAGCACAGCUGGUUAAUCAUGGCCUGGUUGUCAUACCAUUUCUCAGCGCAUUUACUGGUCUGAGAGCACUUAAUCUAUCAGGAAAUGCAAUAGUUAGGAUAACGGCGGGUGCUCUUCCUCGGGGACUUCAUUUGCUGAAUUUGUCCAAAAACAGUAUAUCAACUAUCGAGGGCCUACGUGAGCUCACACGGCUUCGCGUACUAGACCUGAGCUACAACCGAAUACUGAGGAUUGGUCAUGGUCUGGCAUCUUGUUCAUCUCUGAAGGAACUAUACCUAGCCGGGAACAAAAUCAGUGAAGUAGAAGGUCUUCAUCGUCUCUUAAAACUGACCGUGUUGGAUUUGCGCUUCAACAAGAUAUCGACGGCCAAAUGUCUAGGCCAGCUCGCUGCUAACUACAAUUCACUCCAGGCCAUAAGCUUGGAAGGUAACCCUGCCCAGAAGAACGUGGGAGACGACCAACUCAAAAAGUACCUAAUGGGGCUCCUCCCAAACUUGGCAUACUUCAACAGGCACGCCAUCAAGGAUGCAUCGGACCGCCGGCUUGGAGUGAGCACCCACCAGCUAGAGCGAGCCCACAGGUCAGAGCUCAAGAACAGUAGCCGGAAGAGUAGCCUCGGUGCAGCCAACGCCCAUAAGACCUCAGCAUCAGCGACAGCCCGGAGGGGUCAGGCUGGGGCGUCCCAGAAGAGGUCCAAGGACAGAAGCAGCCGUCUUCCGCCGGCCGGACAGAAAGGGUCCGCAGCUGUUGCGUAUGAGAAUCGUUUCGCAGCGAUUGACAGUAGACUGUCGAGCCUGAAAUCGGAAUUCUCUAUGAGAAGGAGCCGAAGUGAAGGGACUCUGGGAGCCUUCUGAGGGCCGUUUCAUGUGAAAUCUGGCGGUGAGAACCCUUUCUUUUCUAUGUCCGACGAGUUCAUGUUGUUUUUUUGUCUGUCCCAAACAUUUUAGAAGCUUUUGUUUGCUUCUCAAAUAAUAAUGUCUGAAACCGUGUUUGAUUCUU